GUAACACCUGUUAAAUUGUUCAUUUGUAGUAAAAUGGCGAUGUGUUGUUCGUGUGUUUUUAGUUGAUGUUUAGAAAUUCGACUCGAAGCAUGUCACUUUACGAAAAAUAAUUAUAUAUUUAUUUACGAUCGUUCUUUAAUGAAAAUAUGAACGAUCUGAAGCCAGAAAUGCCGAAUACGUCGUCGUGGGAGACGGUUCCGCACGACAUCAUGGUACCGGUUCCGAUAAAAAUGCAUCCUCCGGUGAUAAUCGAUCAUAAUAUGCCUAUACCUCAUAACCAGAUGCCUAUGCCUCAAACACCCCACAAUGUUCCAAUGGGUGGCUUCAUCGAACCCGAGCUGUCUCCAGAGUUGAUACAACAAGGCUGGCGUAAAUUUUGGAGUAAACGCGAGAACAGGCCUUAUUUUUGGAACAAAUUGACCGGAGAAUCGUUAUGGGAGAUGCCAUCGUUGAAACAACAAUUUGAUCCGAUAACUGAUCCGUUGGGCAUUUGUGCGCCGGGAGCUCCUUUGAAUGGAUCGAUGCCCGGGGGUGCUGAAUCAUUAUCGUUGAAAAGAAGGGCCUCUGAAGAUGCCAUGGAGAGCCCUUUAGCCAAAAGAUUCAUAUUAUCUGGUCCUUGGGACUUGGAAGUACCCACGAAUGUAAUCAUAUUCGAAAGAUCGCCUACCAUCUUAGCUCAUCCUCAUCCGGAUGUGGAAUCAUUACGCUGUACACUGACAGCCAAAUUAAGACAAUGUUACCAAGAAUUAUGCCAUUCCAGAGAAAAUAUUGACGCUCCUGAAGAUUCAUUCGAUAGAUGGUUAAUGGAAAGAAAAACCAUCGAUACGGGUUACGAUCCACUUCUUCCAAGCCAAUGUUACCCCGAAAUUUCGCAUAGCAUGUAUAAAGAGAUAAUGAACGAUAUUCCGAUGAAAUUGGAGAAACCAAAGUUCACCGGAGACGCUCGAAAGCAACUCUCUAAAUACGCAGAAGCUGCGAAAAAAGUGAUAGAUUCGAGAAACGUGUCAUCGGAAAGUCGUAAAGUUGUCAAGUGGAACUGCGAAGAUACGUUUCAAUGGUUACGUAAAACGAUCGGUGCCACUUACGAUGACUUUCAAGAACGUUUAGCUCAUCUUAAGACGCAAUGUCAGCCUCACUUAACUGAAACAGUCAAAGAAUCAGUGGAAGGGAUUUGUUUAAAGAUUUACCACCUUUCCGGCGAGUAUGCGAAAAAAGUACGAGAUAAACAGAGCGAAAUUUACAAAGAACAAGGAAUAACCGAACCAUUAACUCCUGCUUCGGCUUUAACUACUCGUAAAGUAUGGUGCUAUCCUGUCCAAUUCGCUGCACCAUGUCCAAGGUUACCAAACAUCGAAUGUGUCAUCGAUAAGGAAAUAAUCAGAUUGACUUAUAAUAAGGAUACGGUUACUAUAAAUGUACAAUAUAUGCAGAAAUUGGAACAGCUGUAUAGGUAUAAUUGCUUCGACGACCGUAAAAUGGAGAUAUUUUUACCCCGAGUGUGGUGCUUGUUAAAACGUUACGCAACUUUCCAAGGCAAAAAUCAGAUAUUUCAGUCAUCGUUGUCGUUGACAGUGAUGGAAUGUCUGCAUCGAUGCUUCGGUGUAACGUUCGAGUGUUUCGCGUCGCCGUUGAAUUGCUACUUCAGACAAUACUGUUCGGCGUUUCCAGAUACAGACGCUUUUUUCGGUUCGCGAGGAAUGUUAUCAGAUUUAAAAGCUGUGAGUGGUUCGUUCCAAGCAAAUCCUCCUUAUUGCGAAGAAUUAAUGGAUUCUAUGGUGACCCUGUUUGAAAGAUUACUAACGGAGUCGAUCGAACCGUUAUCGUUUAUUAUAACCAUACCAGAGAUCAGAGAUCCGGCUCCUUCUGCCAUUCUGAGAUUAGAAUCGAGUCCGUUUAAGAAAAAGCAAGUCGUGGUACCUGCCUUCGAACACGAGUAUAGAAACGGAUUCCAACACGUUGUGAAUAAAGCUGAUGUUAAUAUCCGUUCGAAGAACGGUCUUUUGGUAAUUUGGUUACAAAAUUCGCCGGGUUUUCAACGUUGGGGUCCUACAGAAGAUCGAGUCGAAUCCCUUCUAGAAGCUUUUCGUCCAGGUAAAGAAAGAGAUCGUGACAAACAAGAGUUACUCUCGCCGUCUCGUACCAAUAACAAUAUUCCUUGUACGACACAACCUCCCACCAGGCCCGAAAUCGAGAAACCUAUCGAUACAUGAUCGAAGAUCUCCUCAUAUUCUUUCGUGCAAUAUUCAAUAUUCGUACUCGAUGCCAUAUAUUUUUUUAGUUUCGUUGGUGUUAUUUUGAUAGUUUUUCCUUCAGCAGUGCUUUUUUUUCUCUGUGUUCUAUCUUAUUCUCAUCUACAAGUAAAUACUACUCUACUUAUAUUUGCAGCUUGCUGGAAAUUUCUUUGCCCCGUUUACAAUAUUUCUCUGAGUAUUUAUUUAAUCGUAUCAGUUGACCAUUUUUUUAAAACUUGGGUAACCAAUUUUAACUUACGAAUGAAUUUUAUUUAAUUUUUCUAUCGUGUAUUGACUAUACGAGUAGUUUUUUUUUCCUUCCCAAUGAUUCAGACUUCUCGUUUUAUUUUGUUUUUUAGUUUUUUUUAUAAUUUUUUUUUUCUAUCGUUUUAUUUAUUAUAAACACUGGAAAGUCAUUAUUGAUAACCAAUCAAAAUCACUUGUUGCAUUUCUUUUUCGACUAUUUAUGUUUGUUUCCCUGUCUCAUUUUUGUAUAAAGAUUAGACGUCAUCAUGGUUUAUUUCAAGAUUUAUAGUCAAGGUACAUCAAGGUACCUGUGUUAGUUUUUAAUUUAUAUUCUAUAAUUUGUAUAGAGUUACUCUUGUUUAGUUGAGAUUUUUGCUAGCUGUUUACUGCGGAGCAGAAUAAAGACGACUGCUUUCAGUACUUAAAACUGUCGUGUGGGAUUUUUGAUUUUUCGAGAAAAGGGUUUCUAUCGUUUUGAGAUUUAUUUCUUUUAUCACGUAAGAUUGUGUGUGUGUAUUGCAAUGAUUUUUAUAUUCAUUAAAUAAAUGUUGAAAAAAUA